UCUCAGACAGACUGGCUAACAGCAGUCAGUUGUCUUCAUCAUUCUCAUCUGCUGGAUCACUUAACUGAAAUUAAGACUCAUCUUCAAAAUGCUUUGGUUGGGGUUUAGGGGAGUGUUGCUGCUGUGUUGUGCAGCAGCAUGUGUGUCUGGGACGACGAGAACCUACUUCAUCAGGAUAGAGGAGGUGAAUUGGAACUAUGCUCCAAGUGGGAUGAACAUUAUUCAGAACCGCACACUGCAGGAGGAUGAAGAAGCCUCAGUCUUUUUACAGAAAGGCCCCCAGCGUAUCGGCUCCACCUACAAGAAAGCUGUGUAUAAGCAGUACACCGACGGCAGCUUCAGGACAGAAGUGAUGAAGGCUGACUGGCAGGGUUACCUGGGACCCCUGUUGAUGGCUGAAGAGGGAGACACAGUGGUAAUCCAGCUGAGGAACUCGGCAACCAGACAUUACAGCAUCCACCCACAUGGACUGAACUACAGCAAGAGCGACGAGGGAGCCCUAUACCCAGAUGGUACUUCUGGUGUAGAUAUGAAGCGUGAUGACUCUGUGGCCCCUGGUUCGACAGUGACAUAUCAGUGGACGCUUCCAGAGAGCCACAGCCCAACAAAAGAAGACAGCAAUUGCCUGACCAGAUUCUACCACUCCCAUGUGUCCCCACCAAGGGACAUCAACUCAGGACUGAUUGGACCCCUUAUUGUCUGUAAGAGAGGAACUCUGGAUUUACAUGGAGACAGAUCUGGAGAUUACCUGUACGCUCUGCUGUUUAUGGUGUCUGAUGAGAACUUCAGCUGGUAUCUUGACGACAACAUCAGGACGUACAUUUCACAUCCUGCCCCAGGCCUGAAGGAAAACGAAGAUUUCAUUGAGAGCAACAAAAUGCACGGUAUAAACGGUUUUCUGUACGGUAAUCUGCCCGGACUGAGCAUGUGCCAAGGCAACAAGAUCCAUUGGCAUAUGAUUGGCUUAGGCAAUGAGGUGGACAUGCAUUCAGUUCAUUUCCACGGCCAGAUCGUAACCACUCAGAACCACCACACAGACACCGUGAGUCUCUUCCCCGCCUCCAGCACUACAGCUGAAAUGACCGCUGACAACCCUGGACACUGGCUGCUGACAUGCACCGUCAAUGACCAUUUAAUGGCUGGAAUGCAGGCUAUAUUUGAGAUCAAGAAGUGUUUCCCCAACGUACAUAAGCCCCGACCACACGGUGAGCUCAGACAGUAUUUCAUUGCUGCUGAAGAGGAAGUGUGGGACUACGCUCCAACAGCACCCACUGAUGGUGAAGCAGACAUAUUUGUAACCAAAAGUCAAAGUCGCAUUGGAAGCCGCUAUAAGAAGGUUCGCUAUGUGGAGUACACCGACAACACCUUCUUGACAAAGAUGCUACGCAGCUCAGAGGAGCAACACCUUGGAAUUCUGGGUCCUGUGCUGCGAGCUGAAGAGAAGGACACCAUCAGAGUGGUGUUUAAAAACAAAGCCAGCCGCCCUUACAGUAUUCAACCGCAUGGAGUUCAGUACAGUGUGGAGCAGGACGGGACGCUCUAUCACAAUGAACUGGAAGAGUCCUACACAGCAAAGAAACUGAGGGAGAUAAAGAAGCAACCAAGAGUGGUGACCCCUCCCCCGGCUGCUCUGGUCAGACCUGGGACCAUGCACACCUAUGAGUGGACGGUCCCAGAGGGUGCUGGUCCAGUUCAAGGGGAGGCUGACUGUCUGACCUAUCUGUAUUACUCUGGAGUGGACCCUGUGAAAGACACCCACUCUGGACUGGUUGGACCGCUCCUCAUCUGUCGACCUAAAUCUCUGAAGAAAGGAGUACAGAAAAACUACAACAAAGAGUUCCACCUCAUGGCCACGGUGUUUGAUGAAAACCUGAGCUGGUAUCUGGAUGACAACAUCAAGACCCUCACCCCUCCUAGUACCCCUCGUACCACCCCUUUUAACAAAGAGGAUGAGGGCUUUAUGGAAAGCAACAAAAUGCAUGCCAUCAAUGGUUUCGUAUAUAGGAACCUCCCAGGCUUGACCAUGUGUAAGGGGGACAAAGUGUCAUGGCACGUGUCAGGACUGGGUUCAGAGACAGACAUCAUCAGCCUUUACUUUCAGGGAAACCGUUUCCUCUAUCGCCAGAACAGACGAGACACCAUCAGUGUCUUCCCUCACAUCUCACGCACAGUCACAAUGGAGCCAGACAGCAUGGGUGAGUUUGAAGUAGUCUCGGCGACAGUGAACCAGUAUCGUAGCGGGAUGAGAGCCAACUACACAGUGCAGAAGUGCAGCCUUCUCCAGCGUCAGAGUGAGGUUAUGCUCCAUUCAAAAACCUACUACAUCGCUGCCAUGGAAGUGGACUGGGACUACUCUCCGAAUCGCACCUGGGAGGCUGAGAUGUUCCGUGGUCAACAAAAUCCUGCUCCUGUCUUCCUGGACCAGCAGGGUGGCUUCAUAGGCUCCCGUUACAAGAAGGUAGUCUACCGCCAGUUCACCAAUGACAAAUUCACCAAGCAGGUGGAAAGAACAGCUGACAUGCACCACCUCGGCAUUAUGGGUCCAAUGAUUCAUGCUGAUGUGGGAGACAAGGUGAAGGUGGUUUUCAAAAACAUGGCGUCCAGACCUUAUUCUAUCCACGCCCAUGGAGUCAAGACAGACACCCCAGAUGUUCAUAACACACAACCAGGUGAGACUCACAACUAUUACUGGUACGUUACAAAAAAUACAGGACCAACCACAGAGCAGGAGGAGUGCUCUGUGUCAGCAUACUACUCCACUACCAAUGUUGCCAAGGACCUGUACAGUGGUCUGAUUGGUCCUUUGGUGAUCUGCCGCCGUAGCUGGGCGAGGAGUCUUGGUAUGAAGAAGGAAGUAGAAGAGUUUGCACUGCUUUUCUUGGUUUUUGAUGAGAAUGAAAGCUGGUAUCUGGAUGAAAAUAUCAAGACUAACAUCAGGGCCCCUCGCCCAAACCUAAAGGAUGAUGAAACCUUUAUAGAGAGCAACAAGAUGCACUCCAUUAAUGGUUAUAUGUAUGCAAAUCUGGUUGGAUUGAACAUGAUGGUGGGUGAUAAGGUGUACUGGUACCUGAUGGGAAUGGGCAAUGAUGUGGACAUACACACUGCACACUGGCAUGGACACAGUGUGGAAUAUAAGCUGGGUGGAGGUGCUCAUCGUACUGAUGUGUACGAGCUGUUUCCAGCCACCUUCCAGACAGUGAAGAUGCGUCCUCAGUACCCUGGCACCUGGCUGCUCCACUGUCACGUCACUGACCACAUUAAAGGUGGCAUGGAAGCGUUGUAUACUGUCACUGAGAAACCGAAGAAGAAGGGAAUCUUUGGCUGAGCAGUUAAAGGAAAAUGGAUCCAGAGAGAAGACAGCAGAGACAAGCUCAUAUUUAAUUUCAGUACCCAAUUCACAAAAUGCUCUUUGUAAAAUCUGCUUAAUAUGAACAGCAACUGAGACAUUUACAGCUCAGAAUAAAACAUCAUUACCCAUGA